AUGGCGUCAGAAAAAUUGCAAGACUACACAGUGGAUGGUUUCCAUGCCACCACGACUGCCACAGUACAUACUCUGCGUAUCCACCUGGAGCCGCCGGGUAGUGUCCUAAACGUCCUUCUUGGUCAGUCCAUCAGUCUUGUAUGUAUGGUCGAUUACUCCAACACUCCAGUUACUUCGUUCAACUGGACACACAGUGGACGUUCCUACAGUGGACAAACAUUCAGUAAAACAAUAACAUCCAAGUCUGACUCGGGCAACUUAGCAUGCACUGUCCAGAAUGUGAUGGUCUCUACUCGAAUCAACGUGUGGUACCCGCCAGAGGUACAUCUGGAACCGAGCACUGACACCAUUACUGUUGGUGUCGGUGAAGACCUCCGUGUGCAGUGUGUCGUGGAUGAUGCCAGCCCUAGUGUCCACACAUUCAGGUGGUCACACAACGGACGAACAAGUACUGGGUCGACCUUCCUCAAACGUAACGUAACCAAGUCUGACCAAGGGCAACUGACCUGUACUGCUGACAAUGGGCACAUGAUGACGCCUGGACGGGCAGCUGCAACUAUAAAUAUGAAAUUGGACGCUUCCUCUUUGAUCGGGAACGAUGACUCUACAAGCAAAUUUAAAGUGAUUGCCAUAGCAACAGGAUCUGUUGGCCUGGCCAUCACCAUCAUCCUCAUCAUCCUCAUUAUCUGCCAGAGGAGGAAAAUGAGGACUGCAAAACCUAUUGAGAAUCCAGAGAGGUAG